AUGGAAGGAAGUUUAGGCGACGAAAUUGACUGUGGAAAUUGCUUUGAUCAUAUCGACGACCUUCUAGACUUUUCUACUGAAGACGUUGACGAUUACGAAGAUAUUAUUCCAUCGGAAUGGUUCUCAAAUUUAGACGAUUCCUUCGCCGGCGCCGGAACCCAAACUGUCAGCAGCUCGUUGUCGGAGUCGAACAAAUUUCGCGUCUCAAGUCCUGUUUCCGUUCUCGACAAUAGUAGCGAAAGUAGCAGCAGCAAAACAAAAGAGCGAGCCCACGACACCUGCAGACGAGACGAUGCUAGCAGCAAGCGACCACGGCAGUCAUUUUUCAUUCCCCCACCACCACAUCUCGUAUCACCUACUGGUUCAUCGGAUUCGGAGAACUCGGAGAACUAUGGCGAGUCCUGUUCCCCUCCGCCAGCCGAGAAGAAAAUCAAAUUGUCAUCAAAUGAUGCAUUUAAUCCACGAGGCGACUCCAGGAAAUGCUUACACUGUGAAGUGACGAAAACGCCGCAAUGGAGAGCGGGGCCAUUGGGGCCUAAAACCCUCUGUAAUGCUUGCGGCGUUCGGUACAAAUCCGGCCGCCUCUACCCCGAGUACCGGCCGGCGGCGAGCCCGACUUUUGUCUCCCGUUUGCACUCUAAUUCGCACAAGAAGGUUAUCGAAAUGAGAAUUAAAUAAGUGGAAAAGCUU